AUGAACUUGUGCAUUGUUUUAAUUCAAUUUCGAUGGAACAAUUUCUGGUUUUAUAAUGGAGAAGCUAUUACAUAUUUAAGCUGGAUUGUAAAAUAUAAGGAUUAUAUUAAUACCAAUGAUAAAAAUAUUGUUCAAAAACAAAUGAAAAAAGUGGAAUCUGAAAUUAACAUAGUAAAAGAAUUCGAUAAAUCAAGAAAAUUUAUUAAUUCGAGUUUGUUAUCUGCAAAAUUCAAAAUGUGUUAUAAAAAAUCAAAAUUAAAUUUUGUUAUUGUGCAAAUACUAAUCAUACAGUCUCCACGACGGGUUCACUAUUCUACCUGCAAGCGGUACCACUACAGGCAUUAUUUACUGCAACUACUCACGUACAUCAAGCCAUUCAGGGAACCAAUAGUGACGCCACAACUAUACCGGCGGCCCAAUGCCCACGUAAGCAACGCAGACAACCGUUCCUUACAACCACAACUAUGGCGGCGGCUCAGCGCCCACAAAAAUAGUAAAAAUGAAAUUAAAACAACUUGUAAUACUUCUAAUAACUGUAUAUAUAAUUCUAACUCAGCUAUAGAUAAAGAUAAUCGUAAGCAUAUAAAAUUAAAAUGUAAGGAAGUUAAAUAUUCAAAUAUUCAAACAGAUUUAUAUUAUAACGAUAAAGAAAAUUAUAAGCAUAAGGAGUUGCUUCAAUUUAACAGUAAUUCGGCAGUUGAUUUACAACAUAAUUCAGUGUUUAAAAAAUAUUGGUUGAAACGAUAUCAGCUUUUCAGUAAGUUCGAUGAUGGAAUACAAUUGGAUUAUGAAAGUUGGUUUUCCGUUACACCAGAAAAAAUAGCAAAACAUAUAGCUAAGAGAUGUAGAUGUGAUAUAUUAAUUGAUGCUUUCAGUGGAGCUGGUGGUAACUCGAUCCAUUUUACAUCUACUUGUCAAAUAGUUUAUGCUAUAGAUAUUGAUCCUCAAAAAAUUGCAAUGACUAAACAUAAUGCCCAAAUUUACAACGUCAAUGAUAAAAUAGAAUAUAUUUUGGGAGAUUAUUUUUGUUUGGUUGACAAAUUAAUUGGUGAUGUAGUAUUUUUGAGCCCUCCGUGGGGAGGACCAUCUUAUAUUAACAAUAAUGUUUAUGACAUUAGAAAUAUUAUGAGCCCAAUAGGAGGAUUAAAAUUACUUGAAAUAUCGAAGAUUAUUUCUAAUAAUAUUGCAUUCUAUUUACCAAAAAAUAUAAAUAUUUUGGAGUUAGUUACAGCUGGGGGUCCAGGAUCAAAAAUAGAAGUUGAACAAAAUUUUAUUAAUAAUAAAUUAGUUGCAAUAACUGCAUAUUAUGGAAAUUUAUUAAAAUAA